UGGGGAUCGGAGAGGGACCAGCCCUCCACCCCCUCCCUAUAUAAAUCUGGAUUUGGGGGCUGUUCUGGGCUCGAUCCUCUUUUCCCGGCUGACGGAUUUUCCAAAUCGCUAGGUCUUCCUUGAGGUCUCUUAGCCCUUUGUCCUCAAAAGAUGGCAGCUCCACUUGAUCAAGGCAUUGGUCUUCUGAUUACCAUCUUCCACAAAUAUGCCUGCAAAGAAGGGAAUAAAAAUACCCUGAGUAAGAAGGAGUUGAAAGAACUGAUCCAGAACGAAAUGACCAUUGGACCCAAAUUGAACGAUGCAGAGAUCAAGGGACUGAUGGACGAUCUGGACCGGGACAAAGACAGUGAAGUGAAUUUCCAAGAAUACUGUACUUUUUUGGCUGCUAUAGCCAUGAUUUACAAUGAAGCGCUUAAGCAGUAGGCCUUCCGCCCCGAGGCAGGGUAAAGGGGGGCGUUUUUCUCUCUUCCCGAAAUAUUAUAAGAAUGCUUUUCGUUGACUGUUUCACAUUGAAUUAAAAAAAAGUUUUGUUAACAGUU